CUAUAAAUAACAACCAUGGUCCAUAUCCCAGCUUUGCAGCUCCACCACGCCACCAACUCAACCCAAAGCAAUCGAAUGCGUUGCCAAGCAGAAGCAGCCCCCACAGCAACAAUACCCUCCUCCAUGCCACCCUCCGCCCCGCUUGUUAAGCCUCCCCGCAGCGGCCUCCUCUCCUACAUCCCCACCAGCAUCUCCUCCAUCCUCCCUGCCCGCGGCUGCGUCGACGCGUCCUCGCCUCCGCCGUCGGCUCCGCCAGCGCCUCCGAGUCCGAGCAAGAUGUCUCCGCCGUCGGGGACGACGACGACGACGAAGGGCAGCGCCGAGGCCGCGGAGCUCUCGCGCGUGUUCCAGCUGCUGGACCGGAACGGCGACGGGCGCAUCACGCGGGAGGAGCUGGAGGAUUGUCUAGGGAAGCUGGGCAUCCCCGUGCCGGGCGACGAGCUGGCCGCCAUGAUCGCGCGCAUCGACGCCGACGGCGACGGGUGCGUCGACGAGGAGGAGUUCGGGGAGCUCUACCGCGCCAUCAUGUCGACCGGCGGCGGCGAGGACGAGGAGAAGAAGGGCGGGGAUGAGGGGGUGGAGGAAGACGAGGACAUGAGGGAGGCGUUCCGGGUGUUCGACGCGAACGGCGACGGGUACAUCACGGUGGAGGAGCUGGGCGCCGUGCUGGCGUCGCUGGGGCUGAAGCAGGGCCGCACGGCCGAGGAGUGCCGCCGCAUGAUCGGCCAGGUCGACCGCGACGGCGACGGCCGGGUCGACUUCCACGAGUUCCUCCAGAUGAUGCGCGGCGGAGGUUUCGCCGCGCUAGGCUGAUCAUGGAUCGACCGCUAAUGGCUCUACGGCUACGGCUAAGGCUGCAAGGAAGAUUAAUUGCAAGUGCGCUUCGUUUAUCUUAUGUUGAUUUGGUGCUUCAGUAGCUAGCAGGAAGUGUAGAUAUUUGGAUGGGGCUCGAUCGGGGGAAAUCCUUGUUAUGUAACUAUAACCGCUCUCGAGAUUUUUACUCGUUUCUUUGUUUGUUCGUUAAGAUUGAUGGGCGUUGCCGAUUAAUUGUUGUACUAGUGCUUGUUGCUCGCAAGAAUUUCUUGCGAAGAAAUUAAAGGUUACGUAACCAA